UAAAAAGGUUAAAGGAAACUGUUUAGGUGGCGGCGUGAGAUGUGAUGAUUAGGUAACUGCGGUGGCAUGAAAAGUUGAUGUCAUAUCCUGAGUUAACAAUCCUCGACCAGUCCCACUGCAGCCACGAUGGAGGCAGCAUCACAGUAGUUGCGUGCAGUAGUGGUUCAGCCCAGUCCGGUAGUGGAUCAGCCGAGGCCGGCUCUGCAAUACCGACUUUAUUCAUAUAACUUCGCUCUGAGUUGCGCGCUGGGUUUGUGGUGGUGGUGGUUGUGGUGAUUCAGUUACCGAGUAUCUACUUUGUAUUCGCGUCUAGCUUGUGAACCGAACCGCUGACAUGGAGAACGUAGAUAAUCGUAAGUUCGACCCCCCAGCUCUCUCUGAGAGUCUGGCCGACGUGUCGAGCGCCCCCGCCAGCGAAGCAAACGAUAAGGGGGCCGCGACACACAGUCUGUUCAUUGUGGAAGAACUGGAGGAUUCCGCGAAGCCUCCGGCCGCCGGCAAGGACCACGGCGGGGCAAGUGCAUCCCCGGCCACCGAAGCGACCCUCGGGGACGGCCUGAACCCCCCGAAGGAGAAGAUACGACGCCACUCCUCCUACGAGGCGCCGAGGCUGUCUCCGCUGCCUGCUGCAAGGCCCUCGCGCAAGAUCAGCCUCGCAGCGCCCAUGCAGACAGUCAGUAGGAGGAAGGAAGCCUAUAAGUAUAACCACGCCCCCCUCAGCAUAGCAUCGGGGACCAUCGAGGACGACGAGGCCGACGCGCAGAGGAUUCGGCGCGCCCUUGGCAUUCCUUUCGACGAGGACUUCAACAGAAAGAACUACGAGAGAGACGCCAUCCAGAAGAAGACGUUUACGAAAUGGGUGAACAAACACUUAAAAAAGGUGAGCCGUGUGGUAAUUGAUACGACGAGGUGCCAGUCGAAGGCGGGAAAGCAAGUCCGAGAUCUGUUCGAGGACCUCCGCGAUGGCCACAACCUCAUCUCCCUGCUGGAGGUGUUGUCGGGCGAGCACCUGCCCCGGGAGCGAGGCCGGCUGCGCUUCCACAUGCUACAGAACGUCCAGCUCACCCUCGACUUCCUCAGAUACCGCAAGAUCAAACUUGUCAACAUCCGGUGUGAAGAUAUCGUCGAUGGCAACCCCAAGCUCACCCUUGGGCUCAUAUGGACGAUCAUCCUUCACUUCCAGAUCUCGGAUAUCAUGGUGGGUCAGGAGGAAAACCUGACGGCCAAGGAGGCGCUGCUGCGGUGGGCGCGCCUCACUACCCACAAGUACCCCAAUGUCGACGUCAAGAACUUCACCACCUCCUGGAGGGACGGCCUCGCCUUCGUCGCCAUCAUUCAUAGGAACAGCGAGGUCAUCCGAAGCAGAAGCGCCUCCAGGAAUGAAGCCUCCAAAGGGUCUGGCGGAGGGGGUCCUGAGCCCGCGCCACCCGACCUGGUUGAUUGGCGUGCCCUCCGCCAGAGGUCUCCCAGAGAGCGACUGGAAACAGCCUUUAAUGUCAUGGAGCGCGAGUACGGCGUCACACGACUUCUCGACCCUGAAGGUGAGUUCUCCGAGGUGCCUAAGGGGCGCUCUCAAGCAGUUGCCAACAAUAGGUUAUCUGUUUUUAUGGACCCUUGCAUGGCUUAA